GAUACCUAUGACGGAGUCAAGUUGUACGGCAGAAUCCAACACAACAUGUAAAGCAAUUAGCCUCCAAUUUAAAAUCAAUAUUUCAAAAAGUCGAUUUUUAUGGAAGAGAAGUGGCAUCGCUAUUAAAAUAUUUCUAAAACUACUCUAAGUGUUUUAAGGACAUAAAUCAUUCACAAAGACUGAUAACUUAUUGGAGGCAAUGUACCCAUGGUAACCAUUGUACCUCAAUACCUUGGAUGAGAACCUUUGCUUUAAGGAGUGGUUAGGAGGAGAGUGAAGGGACUCAGAAGUGAACCUUGGAGAAUGGACCCAUGUAAUGGAUGGGAAAGUAGCCAGUAGAUUAAAUGGAUCAAGGACUGGCUGGAUGGACACAGAGAGACAGGUGGAUCGGAUCAUCUUCUGUGUCUUCCUAGAAGUCGACUUCAAAAUCUACAAAAAGAAAAUGGGAGAGUUUUUCCCGGCAGAUGAUAAUAAUGAAGAAGAAGAUGCUGACAUGAAAGAAGAUUCAGAGGGGUUAGAGCCAAAAGACCACUCUCCACCCCACAAGAAGAGCCAAGCAAAGAAGCCAGAAGGCUCCAAAGACUCCAGCGAGGAUGAGAAUGGUCCAGAGGAAAAGCCAAGUGUGGAAGAAAUAGAAGAGCAGAGCCAAGAAGCAGAUGGUACCAGCACCGCUUCGGCGCCCAGCCCUUCUUCAGAGGAAGCAGUUGAAGUCUGUAAAGAUGAAGAUUCUGCAGAGGAUGAUAAUAUAACAAAAGACAGUGAAGCAACAGAUCAUUCUGUGUGUGACCAAGAGCAUCCCAGUGGGCAAGAGAAUGAUUCAACGAAGAAUGAAGUAAAAAUUGAGGCAGAGUCGCAGAGUUCAUACAUGGAAACAGAAGAGCUUUCAUCAAACCAAGAAGAGGCCAUGAUCGUGGAGCACCCAGAAGUGACCCCACUGACAGACGACCAAGAAGAAAGUGAAGGUGAAAAAGUUCAAGGUGGGAACACACCCAGAGAUCCUGUGAAAAGCGAAGGCUCUGGUGAUACAGAGAGCUCUACAAGUCCUGAUGUUGACAUGAAUUGUCAGGUUGACAGUGUAAAUGACCCAACAGAGAGUCAGCAAGAAGAUUAACUAAGGGGCACGCGAUGAAGCAGAGGGACAGUGCAAUGGCAGUGAAUGACAGUCCUCAAGAGUGCAGGCCUCCUGGCCCCUGGGAGCUGCAGGAAGACGCUGGUGCGCACGUGCUGUGCAGGCGGGUGGGGGUGGGGGGAGGCGAGGCCCACCGAAGGACGGGGAACCCUUUGCUCUCAUUUCUCCAGCUGCAUUUUGUUCUGUUUACCCACAGAAAGGAAAAAAAAAGAAAAAAAUAAAAAAAAAAGUUUUCUUUCAUUUGGUGGGGGACCCACGUGAAUGCAACUUUCAGGCGCUAUCCCUGUCGUUUCUGUCUUUUCUUCUCCCAAGUCCGCCCCGGGGUCGCAGUGGCACGUGAAACACACAAGUGUCUUCUGGUCCCUGUCUGCUUUCUCGGUUAUUUCACAAAGCUGGUUGGUACAGUGAUUUCUUCUUCCAAAAAAAGAGAGAGAAGGAAGGUGACUGAUAAGGUGCAUUUGAGGAAACAUUAAACCCUCUAUCAGUAGAAUCCACAGAGGAAGGAGGCAGGACAGAAAGUGGGCAAAACCCUCAGAAAUCGCUUGGGAAAAGGUCAGGAUGAUUGGUUGCAAAUGGUCUUUUAUUCAGGGAUUCCCAAGGUCCAGCACUGUUCCAUGAGGCUCUAAGGAGGAAUAUGAAGGCAGGGUUUAAUCCGGAGCAGACCACAGAGGCAUAACGAGGAAGGCGGAUGGACCCUGGUCUCCUCCUUGAUAACAAGACGGCAAGUGCAGUUCUUGUCUGAUUUUCAGCAGAGCUCACCUGGUUCAGGAAGACUUUAACUGUGUCUUUCCCUCAGGGAGAAGUGAUUCCUUGCGACACAAUUCUAAGGGCACUUUCCUAGGCGUUUUAGUUGAGAGGGAUACUGCUGCAUUUAGAAUCCAAAAAGUUUUCCUUGAACUCUUCAUACAUCUGCUUUCCAUAAAAGGACAUCUUGUUUUUACCCAAGGACUGAUGACCCAGAGAGCAGAUUCUCGUUUGAAUUUGGAGGCAAUUAGAGGCCUUGCUUGCACUUCUGGCUCCCUGGUUUGCAUUUAAAUGGUGUGCUUUGUUCGCGCCAAGUUCAAGACUAAUUUGAUGGCCGUCCUCUCCCCCAGCAGGCAUGGAAGGGAAGCAGCGGGACUAAUAAGCCAAGAUGUCCCUGGUCCAGUGGGCACAAGGGAUUAAGGGUGUGGGAAGACAUCAGAGGUUGUCACAAGCAUCGUCCCAGAGCCAACAGGAUAGAACCGUCAGAAGGCAAGAAGCCUGCCUCCCCGGCUCUAAGAACAGUCUGCUCGUCCCUGUGGAAACUCCCAUUAUUUCUUGCAUAUCUUUUUUUUUUCCCCUGGUUUUUGUUUUUUAAUUUUUUACACAGGUAUGUUGGUUUCUGCCGUACAACAGCAGGAAUCAGCCGUAAUUACACAUAUACCCCUCCCUCUGGCGCCCCCAUCCCCUGCCCCCAUCCAGCCAUCUGGGUCAUCACAGAGGCCAGACUGAGCUCGCUCUACCAUGCUUCCCUUCCGCUGUCCGUUUUGCACACAGUACUGUAUAUAUGUUGAUGACACUUUCUCCAUUUGUCUCCCCCCCUCCAUCUUCUUAAACCCAUCUUCCUUAUGAGGGCUUUAGGGCUUUCCUUAUGUAAGUUAACUGCAUAUUUUUUUCUUAGUAGAGGGAGAAAAGGAAUGGAUCAAAUGAAGCAUUUCUACAAUAAUCAGGGGCUCUGCUUUCUACGUAUUUCAUGGAGGUCUUCAGUUUUGCUCCUUCCUCUAAAGAAAAUUUCACUUUCUUGUCUUCCUAUGAAUUUGGUUUUGGCUUUUCUGAACUUGUUGCCUUAUUUGAUGGCUUAUUUGGUCUCUUGGAAUAAUAAGUUGUAUUUCUACCUGUGUAAUAUGUUUUAACACCCCCUGUUGUUGUUGUUGUGUUGUUGUUUUUAAAGUGGCUCAUCAACCUAGCAGUGACAUUUAAGUGACAUCAUGAUUCGGGAACAGCUGUUUCCCCUCUGCCAUUAUCCCCCAGUUUGAUACAGAAACUAUAUGUGCUCUACUCCCAUUAGACACUGCUUUCUAGAAAACCAAGGAAAAGCCUCAUUUUAACUAAUCCAAGCAAUGAUGCCACGGGAAUACAGACAGCUUCUAUAUUUCACAUCAUCUGCAUGACUUAGCUGACAGGCGCCAUCGUUCUUGUGAAGUGUUGGGUUGGCCAACACGCUCAUUCAGGUUUUCCAUAUGAUGUAACAGAAGAACCUGAACGCACUUCUUGGCCAACCUAGCACUUGACAAGAGCAAUCUACCAGGAGGACAUAUUUCUUGUGACACCCAAGCGUGAGUGCUACUCACGCUGAGUGAUGAGUAACAGUGGAAAACAACGUGAGGUGGCAAGAAGGAUGGGGAUUUUUUUUUUUUUUUAAUGGACAAAGAUCUAAUGUCUCUGGCAGGAGCAGUAGGGAUCAGAAGUGUUUCUGUCCUGGUGUUCCUUUUGAUGUCAAUGACAGCCAUUCAUUCAGUUUUCAAUGUGGGUGGGUAUCAGUGAGAUGAAGGAGUUCUCUGCCUGAAAAUUAUAGAAAAAGAAAAUGGGCUCUGCGUCUGGGACACUGAGUGAGGAGUAAAGACCAUCAACCCUGCUCCCGAAUUGGUUUACACUCCACUUUAUGAUUAGACUGUGUUUUCAUUUUUUCCCUCAUUCUGCUUUUGGGUUGCUGUUUGGCUAGAAGAUUUUAUGCUUUAGAACAAACAAUGAAGCACAUUUCUAUUUCAAUAGUAAAACAUUAAAAAUCGAGCUUUUGGCCACACGGAAGAUACCCACAACGCAGGAAACCUUUAUCUCACUGGUGCUGUCAUUGUACAAACUGUGCAAUGGAAAAUUUGCCAGACUGAUUCAUUCUCCGAACAUGAAUUCUGGACGUCAGUUUCCAACCACACUCAAGCCAGGCUAGAUGACUCAAGGGUUUAUAGGAAGGAGAGUAGGAGGCAAAUAGCCCCUUAUUUAAGUCCUGUUUGCAUACAGAGGAUGGAGGUGGGCUUUCCACAUAAUAGCUCUAUUUAAAAAAGUACUCAUUGUAGGAGAGACAAAGGGUCUGUCCUCUAGCUGGUAACUACUCAAGUGAUGGACAAGCCUUCCUUCACAAAAGCUUACAAAGAAGGCAUCUGAAACACAGUCUGUGACAUUGGGUCACCUAUUAGUCAUCGCAGCUAAUUGUACAUCUUUCUAUGAAACACUGAAAAGCCUCUUUGUGAAUUAAUACAGCUCUGCUUGAUGCACUCGAUUUGAAAUGACAUUUUUCUGUAUGUGGUGCAUGUCAGCUUUGCUUUGAAAAAUAACAAAGUUAGCAGAAUAUGUUCAAUAUAUUUUCUUGGGGAAUAGGGUUUUUAUCAUACAAUUCAUUAAGGAUUUGCCUUACCCUGACAUUUGUGAUAUAAAGGAAAAUCAGAAAAAAAGUAAUUUUCUUGAUCAAGAUAUGUUUUUACUUAAUGCAAAUAAAUGUAGUCUGUUGCUUGCAAGGAAAAAAAAAAUGUCUUCUGAGAUCUGGUAUAAACUGCUAAAUAGAAUAAUACGUGCCUCUUUUGUUAAACCAGCAUUUCAGCACUGGACUGCUUCUGAAUAUGUUUGUUUCUUUUCAUCUGUGCCAUACACUAAGAAACUUAAACAACUGUUGCCUUCAUGCUAUAUUUGUUAGAAUAUGAAUAAAAUUUGUUUGAGAGGAUAAGGUGGAA